CACUUAAAAUUUAAAUUACGAACGACUAGCAAAGCGGCAAGCUGCAUUCCAUCAUUUCUCUGUGCAAAAAAAAGUAAAAAUCAAAUUAAAUUUGCUUCCUUUUUUUAAACUACACACGCAUUAUAAAGUGACCAUUUUUUACCAAGCGACGCUAGCGUUUAAAUUUUAAUUCUUCACAUAAAAACGUUCACUUUUUCUAUUGGAAUUUGUUCUUUCUAAAAGAAAAAUGGAAGUCAAUGAAGCCAAUUUGCAACAAUUAGGUGGUUACUUGCUCCACACUUUAAGCCCUGAUCCAACUGUCAGACGACCCGCUGAACAAAUGCUCGAAUCAAUCGAGGUGAAUCAGAAUUAUGCUAUUUUAUUGUUGAACCUGAUUGACAAACAAGAUUUGGAGAUGCCCAUUCGAGUCGCUGGAGCGAUUGCAUUUAAAAACUACAUCAAGAGGAAUUGGGUUGCACAUGAGGACACCGGCGGCCCUGAUAGAAUCCACGACGUCGAUCGUAAUGCCAUCAAAUCCCUCAUUGUCACCCUCAUGUUACGCUCCCCGAGUGCAUUGCAAAAACAGCUCAGUGACGCUGUGAGUAUCAUCGGAAAAUACGACUUCCCCAAGAAGUGGCCCCAACUCAUCGACGAAAUGGUUGAUAAAUUCUCCACUGGUGACUUCAAUGUCAUCAAUGGAGUCCUACAAACAGCCCAUUCACUAUUCAAACGUUAUCGUUAUGAAUUCAAGUCACAAUCACUUUGGGAGGAGAUCAAAUUGGUGUUGGAUCGCAUGGCAAAACCUCUUACAGAUCUCCUGCUGGCCACAAUGAAUCUUACAAAAGUCCAUGAGAACAAUGUUGAAGCAUUGAAAGUUAUCUAUGGAAGUUUGGUCUUGGUUUGCAAGGUUUUCUAUUCCCUGAACUCUCAGGAUCUGCCUGAAUUCUUCGAGGACAAUAUGCAAACUUGGAUGAAUGCCUUCCAUGAGUUGUUGAUUACAGAUGUGCCGUGUUUGCAUACGGGGGAUGAUGAGGAGGCUGGAGUUUUGGAGCAUUUGAGGUCACAAGUGUGCGAAAAUUUAGGUCUCUAUGCACAGAAGUAUGACGAGGAAUUUGGGACUUAUAUGCAACAGUUUGUGACUGAUGUCUGGGAGUUGCUGGUCAAGACAGGAAUUCAAACUAAAUACGAUGCGUUGGUUUCGAAUGCUCUGCAAUUCCUCUCGGUCGUGGCGGAACGAAAUCACUACAGAACCCUCUUCGAGGACCCGAAAAUCCUCGCUAGUAUUUGUGAGAAAGUUGUCAUUCCCAAUUUGGAUUUCCGCACCUCUGACGAGGAGUUAUUCGAAGACAACCCCGAUGAAUACAUCCGUCGCGAUAUUGAGGGUUCUGACAUUGAAACUCGUCGACGAGCCGCUUGUGAUUUGGUCAAGACACUCAGUCAGAACUUUGAGUUGAAGAUCUUUGGAAUUUUCGGACAGUACUUGGAAAUUUUGCUGGCAAAAUACGCUGAAAAUCCAAAAACCAAUUGGCGGGCAAAGGAUACAGCAAUCUAUCUGGUCACCUCACUCGCCUCCCGGGGAGGAACACAGAAACAUGGAAUAACUCAGGCCUCAGAAUUGGUGCCUCUGCCUCAAUUCUGUCAACAACACAUUAUUCCAGAACUCGAAAGGCAAAACAUUAAUGAAUUGCCUGUUCUCAAGUCGGAUGCCUUGAAGUUUGUGAUGAUAUUCCGCAGUCUGUUGGGACCACAGACAAUUGUCGCAUGCAUUCCCCACUUGAUUCGUCAUUUACAAGCAGAGAGUGUGGUUGUACACAGCUAUGCAGCUUGUGCAAUUGAGAAGAUAUUAAUUAUGAGAGAUGAGAGUAACAGUCUUUUAGUUUCCUCGGCUAUUUUGGCACCAUACACAAAUGAUUUGUUAGGAGCACUGUUUGGAGCACUAUCUUUGCCAGGAUCACAAGAAAAUGAAUAUGUUAUGAAAGCAAUAAUGAGGAGUUUUAAUACACUGCAAGGGUCAACAAUGCCCUACAUGGCUGUUGCGCUUCCUCGACUCACAGAAAUCCUCACACAAGUCGCAAAGAAUCCCUCGAAGCCACAUUUCAAUCAUUAUUUGUUUGAAACCUUAUCUUUGGCUAUUAUAAUUGUUUGUAAAACUGAAGCAGCUGCAGUUGGGUCAUUUGAAGAAGCUCUCUUCCCAGUUUUCCAAGGCAUACUUCAACAGGACAUUCUAGAAUUUAUGCCAUACGUCUUUCAAAUGCUCUCAUUGUUGCUGGAAAUUCGUGAAGGAAUCGGAUCGAUUCCAGAGCCUUAUUGGGCUCUGUUUCCAUGUUUGUUGGCUCCAGCACUUUGGGAUAGACCGGGAAAUGUUACGCCAUUGAUUCGACUUAUUUGUGCAUUUAUCAGACAAGGAUCUCAACAAAUUAGUGCUCUUGGCAAGUUGAAUGCAGUUUUGGGAGUAUUCCAGAAAAUGAUUGCAUCAAAAUCAAACGAUCACGAAGGAUUCUAUUUGAUGCAGAAUCUCCUCACAUAUUACCCGCUUCAGGAAUUGCAAGAAAGAAUGCGACAAAUCUUUGCCCUGCUCUUCCAAAGGCUGUCACUUUCCAAGACAACUAAGUACGUUCGUGGUUUGAUUGUGUUCUUUUGCUAUUACACAGCCAAGUUAGGAGCACCUUCCCUCGUGGAAUUGGUCGAUCAAAUUCAGAAUGCCAUGUUCGGGAUGGUGGUGGAUCGUGUCUUCAUCCCAGACAUGGCGAAAGUAUGCUCAGAAAUGGAUCGUAAAAUCGUCGCCGUUGGUAUUGCCAAAAUACUAACUGAAUGUCCUGCGAUGUUAGCUGCACCGUACAUUCAAAACUGGGCGCGCCUGCUGCAGGCUUUGGUGGAAAUGUUCGAACUGCCUCCAGAUCAAUCGACCUAUGAUGGUGAUCAUUUUGUCGAGGUCGACGAUACACCUGGAUAUCAAGCCGCAUUCUCCCAGCUGAACUUUGCACAGCCAAAAAGUCAAGAUUUCUUGGCCGAUAUUCCCGAUGGAAAGAAGUUCCUAGCACAAUCUGUGGCUAAAUUGGUGCCGACACGACCAGACAUAUCUGGAUUAAUUGCAACCAUGGGAGAUAACCAUAAACAGGCUCUGCAGAAUUAUUGUCAAAGUGCUGGCGUUCGUAUUGGUUAAGAUGCAAUUUAUUUUUUUUUCAUUGAUUUGAUUAUUUUCUAAUUUAAUUUUCAUUUUUCAAUUUAAAACGCUUAAUUCUAUAAAUAUUGUUGAUAAUUGUCCAUAGUCAGACUAUGUGCUCGUUUAUUUUUUGUAUUCCCUAAAGUAUAACCAGUAAAUUAUGUUAAAAAAGAAAAAUUUCA